AACGACACGGGGGACAAGACACAGAAAACUAAUACAAAAAAUAAAUAAAAGAAAACAAAAAAAACUCUAAGAAGGCUAGAGGUUGGUGGGGGCAAAGCCAUGGCUAAGCGUGGCUCAAGAAGAUCCAGAUCCUCAAGUGGCAGCAGAACAAAGGAUGAAUUGCCCACGGCAGAGCUCAUCUCCGAGGAGGAGUGGCUGGCGCGAGAGCAUUCCUACGUGCAGCGUUUGCAGGAUAUUAAAAUAUGCGUUGGCUUUGUACGGGACUCCAUUGAGGACUACAAUGAGCUGUUGCGGCAACAACUGAAAGACGAACAUUGGGCACGAUUUUUGGCCUGUGAUGGCCUGCCACGACCCCAUGGGCCCGAUGAAAUCCGCCGCUUUGUCUUUCAAAUGCGCUGCGAGGAGGCGCAGGCCGAGCAAAAUCUCAUCAAUUGGACGCUGUCGGUGGAUGAGCGCAGCAUACUCACGCAGGACAUAUUUCAGGAGGAUCGCACACGCAAAAAGAUGGAACAGGAACUACGACCGGACAUUGGGAAGUUGUACGAUGUGAAUAUUGAGCGCAUUUUGGCGACCAUAAAGCGGAUUGAUCGUGUGCAGCGCAGCGAACUGGAGUUGGCAUUUCUAACGCCAGCACAAACCAUCGAAUUGGGCAAGAUCCAGCACGAACUUCUGAGUGAAAUUGGUUCAUUUCUGGACAAGCUUACUUAUCGCAUUAUAACCGCACCCGAAGCUUUUAUGACCAAUUUGGGUUGCCAUUUGGCCAGCUAUUGCUAUCAAAGCAGCAAUUACAACUAUCAGCUGUGGUGUCUGCGGGAUGUGCCCAUUCGCUUUCAGUUUUUGGAUCUGCCUUUGAUGUCUGCCAAUUUGGACUGUGUUGGCCUCAACAUUCAACUGCCCUUCAGCGUGCUCUCUGACAAUAUGUGUGUCAGGUGUGUCCACACCCACUUUGAUGCCUACUCGGAGCGUGCCAAGAGCUUUGAGAUUGUGAUUGACAGCGAAACGCUGCCGCAUUGUGGCCUGCUGGACAUAGAUGAUUGCAUCAUCGAUGAAUGGCUCACACAGGUGGACAUACAGGAGGAGAUAAUCACCAAAAUGGAGUCCAAAAUGCAGCAAUACGUGAAUGUCAUGGACACCAUCGAAGCCAAUCAGGCACCGCGUAGAUCCAAGAAAAGUGAACAGAGAAAUGAGCAAACCCAAGCUAAAGCAAUGAAGGCGCCAAAGGAGCCGCAGAGUCUGCCCGAGGGCAUGUUUCCCGAUCCGUACAACAUUUUUCUCGAACGCGAACACGAGGAGUACAUCAAGUUCCUGGAUGAAGCGUACAAUCCAGCCAAUAAUCCAGCGAUACCAGGGGAGAUCAACCUGCGUCGCUUUAUCCUCAUUGGCGGCAUCUUCGCUGUGGAUUUUGUGCGCAAACCCAAACACACGGCCUACGAGAAGCUGAACAUUACACUCCACGAGGAUGGACGCGUGCUGUAUGUGGAGCAAGAUAAGCUCGUGGAUGAGGACUGUGAGUUGGGUUUGCUCAGCUCCAGGUCUCGUCGCGGCACCAUGCGGGAGGCGCCAUCCCGGCUGAGUGUUGCCCCCAGUCGCCACGAAAUGCAGCGUCUGUCCGCUGCGGAAACAGCCAACGAUGGAACGUUGCUGUACUUGGGCAGGCACGAGCUGCCGUAUUUCUUUCUCACCUUCAAGCUGCCCAAACAUCUGUGUCGCUGGGGACAGCCCAAAGUUUGCAUCUUCAUCGAAGAGGAGGUGGAGGAACCCGAAGAGGAAUUGAUAUACGAGCCCGAGCCAGAGCUGAGGGGCAAGAAGAAACAAAAGGGAAACAGGCAGCAUCAAAAUAUGAGCAUAGCCAAAGCCUCCAUUGAUGGACGGGCGAUAAAUGUGGUCCAGAAAUUCGAUAAGGCCGGCAAUCCCAUCGAAGCUGUGCCGGUGGCUUAUCAGCGGCCCAACCCGACGUGCAUCACGCGGCAACGCCACGAAUCGAACAACAUUUACCGCCCCUCGCACUUUGAGUGGCUGCGCCGCAGCGCCUUUGAUUUGCUGUCCGGCAGCAUUGGCAGUUUCCAGCCAGCCACAGAUAACUUUGAACUGUCCGGGAAGAGCCUUAACAAAUUGGAGUUACACUUGGUACGACAGCAGUGUGUGCCGCGCAUUAUAUCCUCCUUCAAGUUUCCACUGGAAUUCAAGGAGGAGCGGGACAAGGCAUUGGAAAUCAAAAAGGCAGCUGGCAACAAGCUGCUGCGACGACACAAUGAAACCGAUCAGCUGGGAGCACUCGAUGAGCAGCAGCCUUAUCCGUUGUUCAACUACGAGGAUCAAUACGGUCCGGAGCGUGUCUAUCCGCAUUUUGACGAUCCAGAGCCGUUCUACCACGAGCCACCCGACAGAGCCACAGCAGAGCAGAGAGAGGAUGUGGGAAAGUCUCAAAAACAUUUUGUAACGAGGCAAAUAACUGCCCUGAAGGAGCCAUCGCUGUACGGUUUGCUGGCCACACUGGACGACAUUCAGGGCAAAGUACACGAGCAGCUUCAAGCGUACCAUUCCGGAAUUAAGCAGACACGCCGCACCCACAAGGAACGCAUGUCAGCGCGCAGGAGCAAGGGAACAAUGAAGCAGUCGGUGGCCCACAGUCAAUCUACCUUCAAGGAGGACGAAUCUGAAACCAACGACGAUGAGGUUUCAGUUAUAAGAAAAACGGAAACGCUGAGAAAGUCACGCAAACCCGACAGCCUCGUGGCCUCCAAGGAUAUUCUCCCAGCACCAAAAACCCCAGAGCCUGUGGCACGCCGCAAGGUGCUCCACUGGACCACCAAUCACAUUUUGCACUCGAAAUUUGAUGUUGGAAUGAGAACAAUAACCAUCAAAACGGAUCGUUUGGGUGUGUUUGGCUUUGCCUACAAUCGCUAUGCGCACUUUCCCUUUCGCCAUUGGUGCCUGGAGCCAAAUGAGGAGAAUCACGAUGAGGUGAUCUUCACGCUGGACACCUACUAUGUGCGCGUGGUGCUGCACAUCAGCAAUGAGGGCGUUCGUGGCUAUGUCAUUGAUCUGCCCAGGGAGUAUCAGGCCAGGCCAGAGAAGUUUCUCAACAUUGCGCAGCCCAUCAAUGAUUUUGUUGAGCUGCGAAAGCGUUUUCAAGACAUGAACAUCAAUAUAUUCGCAGAGCCCGAUGCCUGUUUUUACAUAGAGAAUGGUUACUUCUCGCAGAAACAUUUAGCCGCCGAGCUGCAUGUCUACAACGCCAUGUCCGUGCACUGCAAAUUGAUGAAAUUCACGCGCUCCGACUGGAAUCGUUUGGCCACACGCAGGGACAUUGUGCUGGGCCUGCGCAACCCAAAGGAUAUGGCUGAGGGUGCAGAUGUGACAGCCAGGGUGACACCCGAAAGCGCCACCUUUGUGGAGAUCAAAGAGCUGUGCUCGGAUGAUUUGAAUGUAUUCAAACUCGACUAUCAGCAGACUUGGCGGAACGUAGGGCACUAUUCCGACUUGCAUCAGCUCAUCAACUCCAUGUAUCCACAUGCCACAGAGCUGCGCAAUCGAGAUGCCAAAUUGAUGUAUUACAUACGCAAGCUGAUGCAGGAGAUACGACCCUUGAGCUUCGGCUAGGAGCCCCCCAAC